CGGUAAUAUUGACGUCAGAGCCUCUCUUCUGACGCGGCAUCACCACGAGGUGUCUCCACCGGCGUUUCUCCUUCCACGCGAUUGGCCAAUGCUCAGUGCAACGGUCGUAUCCUAGGAUAUUUUGAACGAACGGCCGCUGCGUCAACUCGUCGUCGCUCCUCGCAGACACAGUACUUACGCAGUAGCACGCGCGAAUGGCCGUUUGCCCUCGGGAGAGAGAGAGUAGGUAGCCAUACACCGUAGUGAAUAAUAUCGAGAGGACGAUGCUCGAGUAAUGAGAGUUUGACGCCCGCGGGGAAGUAAAACAUCGAGAGGAGUCAGUCAUCCAGUUUUUUUCCUCCUUGUACCGUCGUCGUCGACUCUCCCCCUCUCGAUUCAGCAUCAAGAUCGCAUAGUUGUAACUGUCUCUGCAGAUCAACGACGCUCUCAUCGUGUAUCCACGCACUUGUAAAAUCGCUCCGUGAAUCUAAGUCAAUGACGAGGUGGCUUCUUUGAGCAGCCCGGUGCAGUUCCUGGACGACGCGCCAGCUAAGUGCUCUCUAAGAAAUUAAUAUUAAGUAAAAGGGAAUUCUGUCUUCAAAAUGGCACCUUCUAAGGUACUGCAGACCAAGACAACUGCGGCCAGCCAGGUCACUGGAGUUGUUACUCGGCGAGGAUUAGCCACUCGACAACAGAAUGCUGUUAUCUCUGAUCCAAAGCAGCAAGCCCUUCUGUUUAAAGACACCAGGAUUAAGAGGAAGGCCGAUGCCUCUCCUCUAAAAGACAAGACGACGAAACGGUCUGCUCUUGGUAACAUCACUAAUGCCAUUGGAAAGUCCAUUGGUGCCCAGCUUCAAGAUGCUAAGAAAGCAGCAAAGAAAGUUACCGUUAGCCAGCCUGUUAAAAGCGUUACUCAAACAACUAGCACAUUAAGGACUUUAGAAAAAAUAUUAAACAUACCUGCCGAGAACAAUGUUAUUCACAGACAUCCAAAACAAGUUAUACGAGCCAAAGCACCCGUGAAAAAGGAAGAAGAGAGGCCAGAAAUUCCCAGUAAAAUUGCCAAUGUGAGGCGGAGUCUUGACUUGGAAAAAUCCAACGAUAGCUCGUUGUAUGUCAGUGCCUUGGAAACUCUACCAGAGGAAAACGUUAAACGAUUAUCAAGGACAGGCAAAGAUGCCGACAAAAAAUCUCCCGUGGAAGAGGUCCAGGAGUCAGAAGUCGAGGUCGAAGAAAAGACAGAAGCUCCCGUGAAUCGCAAUCCUCCUCCAGAAAGGGAACUACCAGAAGGUGUAGCGUGGGAUUUUGACGUAGAAAACUGGCAAGAUCCCUACCAGGUGCCACACUAUGCUAUGGACAUAUUCGACUACCUGAAGGAACGCGAGAGCCUCUUUCCGAUCAACGAUUAUAUGGAGCGUCAAGUCUGUCUGUCGCGCUGGAUGCGCUCACUGCUUGUGGAUUGGAUGGUCGCGGUCCAAGAAUCUUUCGAACUAAAUCACGAGACUCUCUACUUGGCUGUGAAAUUGGUCGAUCUAUAUCUGACCAAAGUCACAGUGGGGAAAGAAACGCUCCAACUUCUUGGAGCUGCCAGUCUUUUCAUAGCUAGCAAAUUCGAUGAAAGAAUCCCUCCAAUGAUUGAAGACUUUUUGUACAUAUGUGAUGGUGCUUAUAGUCAUCGGGAACUCAUCAGAAUGGAGAUGAGUGUUCUCAAAGUUAUGGAUUUCGAUUUAGGAAUACCUCUAUCUUAUAGAUUUUUAAGACGAUAUGCUAGGUGUGCAAAGGUUUCAAUGCCUACGUUGACAUUAGCUCGUUACAUUCUGGAGUACUCGCUGAUGGACUACACGACGAUAUCAUUCAGCGAUAGUAAGAUGGCGGCUGCGGCCCUUUUCCUAGCGUUACAAAUGAAGGAACUUGGUGGCUGGACGCCCACGUUAGAGUACUACACGGGCUACAAACUGUCUGAAUUCAAAGACAUCGUCCUCACUCUCAAUGAAGGACUGCACCGGAAACACAAAGAUGCACUUUCGACUGUUCGGAAUAAAUAUAGUCAUAAGAUAUUCUUUGAAGUAGCAAAAGUGCCAUUGAAAGACGAACUAGAUAUUUAAUUGAAUCUAGCUAAAACCGUAAGUAUUAAAGUCUGACAAAAAGCGGGAUGCAUGAUGCACCGUUUACGAGGUUCUUUUCAGAGCCAAACCUUUGACUGCGAGACAGCUUGAGUCGAGAAUGAGGGAGAGACAAGAAAAGAGCGAGACACUCCUGGACAUUGAAUCGCGCGCUUCGGUGUUUCCGCAAAGCUUGUGUGAUACGUGGUUGAAAAAAAAGAUAAGAACUCGAUUAGUAUAAAUAAUGAUAAUGAAUAUACAGUUCUACUGAAAAUGGUUCAAGACGGACGAAGGAGUUUGUAUAAUUUUUUUUUUUAGAUAUAUGUAUUGACUGGCGUCAUACGUCGUUCAGUAUUCUUAAGCUAUUUUGAUUUUAUAUUUGUUAAAAAUCUAUUAUAGCGUCAUACUUUUCUAUACUCCUACUCAAUUUUGACGGACUUUUAAAAAUCCUUUUUUAACUUUGUCUUCUACAUACGUUUAUCAUCCUUUUUUAAAGCAUUAAUAUCCGUCGAAUGUCCUCUGUCCAUUUUCGAUUUCUUCUAUGUAAACACGAUGUAUUAUAAGAAUUUAAUAAAUUUCUAUAUAAUACAGUGAUUUUACGAAAAAGAAGUAAAACUAAUGAUUGACUUAGAGAACAAUAUGGCCAACGUUCUUUCAAGCUGAUUCUGUCAUAGACUAAGAGUGACGCGUUGUUAUGCAUAUUUGUUGCAUUUUAUACAGACUGAUAUCGAUGAUAAAAUUCUACGUCUUUUAAUGAUAUAUUCAUUCAUUUUUUUAUAAUGUUGCGCAAACUCGGUGCGAAGGUGAGCCUCCCUUCUUCUUGAGACUUAACCAGUGAAUCAUCGACCUGUAAUUGUAGUUUGACUGUCGUGAAUUCGAUUCGAGAUUCUUUAGACUCAAUUAAUUUUAGCUUUAUUCGUCGUUGUUUUUUUUUUAUCUAUGAAAAGUAUACGCAUCGAGGGUCAUGUGACAAUUAUAACGAUAACUUUUUAAAGAGCAAGCAAUAUCAUCUGUAUGUGAUACACCGAUUGUGGAGUUUCUGAUUUUUUCGCUAAUAUAGUGAAGCGUUGCUCUAAUUUUUUAUGUGAAAACUAAACGUGAAUUGUUUGACAAUAUGAUUCAAAAUCUAAAAUACGGUAUAUUCUAAAUUUUCUUUAGAAUACUCAUAGGUCUGGUAAAGUUGAAAAAUGAAUUUUGAAAUGAAUUUUACAUUUCUCUCAGUUAGAAGUUUUCCUACUGAUGCCAUUGUUAAAAAAAACACAUGUAAAUAACAAUAAAACUACCACAUUUUUAUUAUUGAAAUGUUUCACGAUGUACAUAAUGUUAUAAUAUAUUUUUUUACCAUCAGCGGAUGUACUAUUACGGCAACAUGUGUGUAUGUGGAUUACUAUAAAUGUGACUUAAUUUAAAUAAUAAAUUGUCAUUUCUAAAUCUGA